AUGGGUCUUCACGUCCAUUCCGACUCGGGCGUCUCGAAUUUGGAGUCCGGCUAUGCCUCAGGCGCCUCAUCCUGCGAGUCCCUCCCUCGCAUCGUCCUCACCAAGCACCACCUGAAAUUCCUCAACAAUACCUUGAACGAGCUCUCUCCCUUCGAGAUCCUGCGAUGGUGCAAGCUCACUUUCCCCAACCUGUACCAGACCACCGCCUUUGGCGUUACCGGGCUCGUCACUCUGGAUAUGCUGUCGAAACUGCAAGCGGAGACACCCUCAGCCCCCACCAUCGAUGCCAUCUUUCUCGACACCCUCUAUCACUUCCAAGAAACUCUCUCUCUGGUCGAGAAGGCCAAGGCCCGGUAUCCUAAUGUCAACCUGCACGUCUACAGUCCCGAAGGCGUCAACACAACCGCCGAAUUCGAGGCCCGACACGGCAAGGAGCUCUGGUCGACAAAUGCUGAUCUCUAUGACUGGGUAGCCAAGGUCGAGCCCGCUCAGCGAGCCUACUCGGAACUACAGGUUGCGGCCGUCCUCACUGGCCGUCGCCGUUCGCAGGGUGCUAAGCGGGAAAGUCUCGACAUCAUCGAGAUCGACGAAGCGGGACUCAUCAAGAUCAAUCCGUUAGCCAGCUGGAGCUUCAAGCAGGUCCAGGACUACAUCAGUGAGAAUGACGUCCCGUACAACGAGCUCUUAGAUCGGGGGUACAAGAGUGUCGGGGAUUGGCACAGCACCGAGCCGGUGAAGGAAGGCGAGGAUGAGCGUGCGGGUCGGUGGAAGGGAACCAACAAGACAGAGUGCGGCAUCCAUAAUAAGAGGAGCAAGUAUGCACAGUUCUUGUAUGAGAUGGAGCAGAAGCAACAGCAGGAGGAGCUCGCGGCUGCGUUGACGGCGGUCGAGGUUAGGGAGGAGACGCCGGCCUCGUCGCCGGAGCAGGUCGAGACUACCGAGGAGGUGGCGCCUGCACUGGAAAAGGUCGAUGCAACCCCAGUAUCAGUCACUGCAUUGGAAGAGGUUCAGGAGACUGAGCCCGCUGCCCCUGUGGUGGACAAUGCCGACCCUGUACCAGAAGUAUCAGCUUUGGAAUCAAAGGUUGAUGUCCCCGCGCCCACUGUCAUCUCAGAGGAAGUCGAAACUAUCGAACAACCAGUCGCCGUAUCCGUAUCGGAGAAGGUCGAGGUUGAAGUCGAGGUCGCUCAAGAACCGCUCCCAUCCUCCGAGCAGCCAGAGAUCACAGAAUCCCCAAUCGUGCGAUCAGAAUCCAUCGACACCGACACGCCGCUUCUAGCAUCGACAUCGUCAACACGCGAUGCCACGCCAGGCAUCCUGACACCAACUCUCGAAGAGAAGCGGUCGUUCAUGGAAGACAUCGAUGUCAACAACCUGAAGUCGCUCAACCCCGCAACAUCGGCAUUCCAAGACGUCGGCAUAAGCGACGAGCUAACCGCCGCGCUGGAGAAAUUCGGCUUCCGAGACGAGCAACGCAAGGAAGAGAUCGCCGUCCGCGGAUGA